ACGUUUAUUAAAAGUUUUCACUUCAAAAAAUUAUAUACGCCGAUAUUCAUCAAUUCAUACUAAAAAUGACGCCUCAGAUUACUCGCAUCUCGCUCAAGGAUUAUGUUCCCAAGGGACAUGCCACUCUAUCGGACUUUGUAAUCGAACAGGUGCCGACUCCGACGAAGGAUCAACUCAAGGAUGGCCAAAUCAUUUUGCACCCGCUCUAUCUGUCUGUUGAUCCCUACCAGCGCGGCCGUCUCUCGGGCGCCAAGGGAAGCUACGUCGAAAGCUACGUAAAGGGCGACACGAUCACCAACUUUCUUGUUGGCAAGGUGACUGCGUCAGCCAGCAAGGAUCUUCAGGAGGGAGACUUUGUGCUGGACAACCAUGGCAAGUGGCAAACCGAAUACAUUGUCGAUGCCAAGGAUGUCUCCAAGGCACCCAAGCUCGACGGCAUUUCCCCUGAGGAUUUUGUCGGCGUUCUCAGCAUGCCGGCAUUCACUGCCUACUAUGGAGCUGUCGUUUUGGCCAAGCCCAAGGCCGGUGAGACUAUCCUUGUCUCGUCGGCAUCUGGAGCCGUCGGCCAGAUGGUCGUUCAGCUGGCCAAGGCCAAGGGACUGCGUGUUGUGGGUGUUGCGGGAUCCGAUGACAAGGUUGAAUAUGUCAAGAGAAUUGGCGCCGACGCCGCGUUCAACUACAAGACAUGCGGCAACUUUGUGGACGCGAUCAAGCAGGCUGCGCCCCAGGGCAUCGACAUCUACUUUGACAAUGUCGGCGGCGAGUUUUUGGAUGCCGCGCUGGCAAACAUCAAAGACCAUGCACGCAUCGUUAUUUGUGGGGCAAUCUCUCAGUAUAACAUUUCGUCGCCUGAAGAGGCUUACGCAAUAAAGAAUCUGACUAAUAUUCUUAUCAGAAAGGCGUCGAUUACUGGCUUUAUCAUUCUCGAGCACUUCAACACGCCGGAUCAUGAGAACUUUGUCAAGGAGGUGACCAAGUUGCACAAGGAGGGCAAGAUUAAGUACAGAACGACCGAAACAAAGGGCCUUGAGAACGCUCCGCAAGCCCUGUUGGAUUUGUUUUCGGGGAAGAACUUUGGCAAGAGCAUCGUCAAAGCCUAAAAUAAAUUAUUAAUGAUUUAUUUGGUUAUUUUCAAGUGACAUUUAAAAUUUUCAGCCACAUAUCAGCUAGGAUGCGGAUUCAUCAUACAAAAUGUGUGUGCUGUGCAAUUACAUUCCGCUAAUGGAAUAAUUUUGCUAAUGUCUCAAAAUAUAUAUAUUCUCACCAAAAAAUCCCGCACAUCGACAAGCUGUCAAAAUGCUGCGAAAAUAGUAUUUCAACUCGGUUUUCUAAAUCCC